GAAGAAAUUAUUAUCAAGGAAAACCAAGGUUCCUUCAUUUUACUUUGAUUUCAAUAUGAUUGCAAAUUAUUGGGGAUGUGAUGAUGAACCACGAAAAUACCAUCAUACUGGACCCAUCAAUUCAGUAUAUGCUUUAUGAGAAGCUCUUUCAGUAGUUGUGGCUGAGGGACUUGAAAAGUUCAUUGACAGACAUCAAAAUUCUUCCAAACUGCUAUGUGAAGGACUUGAAAACAUGGGCUUUCAAAUGUUUGUUGAAAACAAGGAUCAUCGCCUUCCAACCAUAGUAGGUGUCGUUGUUCCACAGGGAGUAAACUGGAAAAAAGUCUCUGCAUACAUUGGACAAAAGUACAAAAUGGAUAUUUCUGGAGGUUUGGGAAAAUCUGCUGGCAAGAUAUGGCGAGUUGGUUUGAUGGGUGUAAAUAGCACUGAAGAAAAUGUCAACCUUGUCCUGACAGCAUUCAAAGAUGCUUUAAACAAUAUACAAUUUCAAAACCAAUUAUAAAUUAAAAUGCAAUACAGUGAUUUCUA